AUGAAGUUACUCUAUCCCGCCUCCAAUGACUUAGCUUCGCUCCCCGAAGCGUCUACAUCGACGAAAAUUUCGCGCUACGUCCCGUGCGAGAUUUGCGAGGGUUGUUGCUUGGGGCUCCGGCCUCCACACGGGUCUGAUGUGGUUCGCGACGACCUACCGAAACAGCCGGAGAAUUCCUUGUCCAACCUUGUAGAGUAUGAUUCGGACGACGAGGAUGGUCCCACGGAAUACCUCCAUCAGUGUUCUUGCGGGCAUGACGCGAAAGAGCAUGGUGCGGACCCGGACAAACUGGGCAGAGAAGAGUUUGGGCGUCGGGCGGAGAUUGCUGUGCGUCUCGAGCAACGAUUGGAGGCCAGCGGGAAUCUGCUGGAUUUUGACUACACAGACGCAGAAAUGGAAACUCUCCGAUCACAAUUCAAACUGCCCGAGCCCGCCGCGAGUCCCCUGACAGAAGCAGUGGCGUCACCCGGUAAGUUCCCCGCAAUCGCCACGAGGCACACACUCUCAACAACUGUGGCUGCGUUCCGUUGUUCGAUGCGCAUCUAA